AUGCUAAUCCAAGACCAAAACAGGUAUGUAUUUCCCGGCAUUGGCCUCGGCACCAUCGUCUCUAGAGCAACCUGCGUCACAAAUAACAUGAUCUAUGCUUCCGGGACAGCGUUGCCAGAGAUGCUCAUGUCCGAGGAAGUAGCCAUGGGCUUGCUUUGGCCAGCGCUGAGCCGCAUCCGGGAUGUCAACGUGCGUGUCGCUCGAAGCGUCAUACGUGCUGCACAGCAGGACAGGGUAGAUGCUGCACAGCAAGACAGGGUAGAUCGCGCAACGCAUCUGAGACAGAUGGAUGACGAAGCGCUCGAUGAGUGGGUCCAUGGGAACAUGUAUGAUCCAUUGUAA